AUGCCCAUCCGAGUCUUGGUCCACGCCUACCGCAAACCUGGUCUCUCCACCGAGGACUUCAAGAAACAAUAUGAAGCCCACGUCGACCUCAUCAAGCGAAUCUCCGGUAAUGAUUUCCCUCUCUCCCACAAGCGCACAUAUAUGGUGCGCCAGUCUGUCGACGUUGCUCCUGAGGGAGCUAGUUCUCGCAAUCCCACCACCCCGGCCGUUGUCCUUGCCGGUCAGCAAUCAGACUUCGAUUUUGAUGCAUAUGCAGAACUUACUUUCCUUAACGAGGAUGCAUUUCGGGCUUUCGGUCUGAAGAUUCGUGCACCUGAUGCUGCGGCUCAGAUUGCGGCGGAUGAAGAACAAUUUUUAGAUCGUUCGAAGUUGGGGAUUGUGAUGCUUGGGGAUGUUUCUGAAACGUCCUGA